CUUUCAACAUUAGAAAUGAUGAGCUGAUCUCAAUGUCGAAAAAACUACGGGAAGCAGAUGAGAACAAAGCACGACUGGGUGAGGUGUCCGUCAACUUUCAAGGGCAUACUAAUACAAGAGACUUGCAGGAUAACGCUGCCAAAAAGUACGUGUCAAGUCGUUUUUCAUUAAGUAUAAGCAGUAAGGGAAUAAAAAAUACUUGCAAUAAAAAUGACAUUUCUGUUGUCGCAUGUGGAUAUAUAAUUCCACGUUUUUGUAGUUUGUUCGACAGUGUUGAAGCAUCGCUGCUGAGGAAACCAAGCUAUACUCGGUUCAUCGCACUAGCCGACAAUUUCAACCGUGAAACCGGUGUUGCUGAACCUCGUGAAAAAAGAGAGACAUCUAAUUUCCUCAACAAUGUUCUCCAGUCAAAGCCAUGGAAAGUGCUCUAUGAUUUUCUGAAACAGAAAGGUCAUCCUUUCGCCAAUACUCCAACUAUAUUUCGAUAUUGGGUAGAACAGCUGUGGUUUAUGCACUAUUCUCGAGCACGUGGACGGCCCGACACGUCCGGAUUUGAGCAUGUCUUCAUGGGAGAAGAAAAGAAUAACGAAAUCUCUGGACUGCACAGUUGGAUACGAUUCUACAUGCUUGAGAAGAACGCCACUGAGAAUUUUGACUAUAAGGGAUUCAUUAUAAAGCGUGGAAAAGUGAUGGCCUCAGUAAAAUUCACAUGGAAAGGGGAUCUGAAACGAUCAGGCUCUUUGCUCAUCGGUACCUCUCCUGAGUUCGAUUUGGCGCUCUAUACGCUGUGUUUCCUGUCACGACGAGGACGCCAACAGUGUCAGGUGGAGAUAGAUGGAUGCCCACUAUAUAUUACCAGUUACGAACUCAGACAAAACAAUAAGGUGUUCAUCGGAUCCAUCUUUCCAACAGCUGGACCGCUAACUGAGCAAUGUCGACGAAAUGGAUAA